UCAAAGAUGGCUUCCAAAGAACACGUGAAAGCAUUACCAAAAGAAAUUAAGGAACUGCUGAAAAAAUACCCCGUUUUAGAACAUGUGCAAGAUACAAAUAAGAUAAAAUGUACAUUGAGUGGGCAUGAGAUGCCCUGCAAGGCAGAUAUUGUGUCUGGUUACGUGAAUGGAAAGAAGUUCAUCAAGUUGUAUAAAGAUAAGGAAUAUAACUAUGACAGAUUAAAACCACAUCUUGUUCCAAGCUCAAAGAAACAUCAUGAGCAUCAGUUAUUCUGCCUCCUGACCUUCACGCACAUCAACAAGACGCCGACAGCAGUCGACCGGCACUUGAAGGGCAGGCGAUACGGCAAAGCUUUGAAGAGAUGGACCAAGUGUCAAGAGACAGGAGAAGCGUUCCGUCCAUUACGCAAGAGGAAAAGAGAGGAAAAUGAAUCUAAAGAUGGCAAAAGUUUCUAUGAUUCUGACAGGGAUUCUGAUGUGGACACAGAUGAUAGCUAUAGCGAUCUCUAUCCACCUGAGUAUUUCGGCGGAGAUGGUCUCAACUCGGACUUCGAGUGCGAUGUGGAGGAUGAUGAAGAGGCAGCAGCAGUAACGUCAGUGAGCAACACAGGCUCAAAAAAGACGUCAAAAUGGGUCAAACGAAAACAGACCAAUAAACACAAGAAGAUGAAAUCUGGAGAGUAGCAUUGGUUAAUUGAUCAAGCUGUGGUCAUUCUUACACGGACUUAGUCUCAGCAAGGCUGGAAAGUUUUGUGAACAAUGAAACACAAGGAGGUCGUUUUACUGGGGCUGAUGAUGAAGCUUUGAAAAGUGUUUCAUUCAAUGAGGCUGAGGCUGACUGACUAAACACCAUGUUGGCUACUAAACUCUCGGUGUCUAAGUGGUUGCAAGUCAGGGCCUUGUGGCAGCAGUGCAUUUCUUGAUCAGGGUGAAACAUGGGUCACUCUUUUAUGUAACUUUGCAAAACAUUCAAACAGUGACAAUCACAGUGCUUUGAAGAGACUGGAAUGGUUGUUACAAAUGUUCGCAGGUCGACACCAAGAUUCAUCUUGCUUCUCAUGUGCUAUAUUAUGUCCUAAUUUGGAUACCCAUUAAGUCAGUGUGGUUGGGUAGCCUAGUGGUUAGAGUGUUUGCUCGUCACGAGAAGACCAGGGUUCAGUUCCCCACAUGGAUACGUGUGAAGCCCAUUUCUGGUGUCCUCUGUUGUGAUGUUGCAGGAAUAUUGGUAAAAGUGGCGUAAAACCCAACUAGCUCACUCAUAAAGUUGAAUCAUGUUCCUGAGGGAAGUGUCCACUAGCCUGCGUCAAAGCUUCAAUUUCCCCCUUGCCAUUUUAAAUGUAAUUUCUUGACUCAGUCCUGUCACCACCUCAGGUUCAUCAUGAUGAAAACAUAUUGUAUGCCAUUGCUGUUCUUAUUUCGAAAUUUACAGACUGCCACCAUAUAGCUGGAAUAUUUCUGAGUGCUGCAUCACCAACCAACCAUUCAAUUAUUUUCGAAAAGAUGGUUACCAUAGCACAUUGGGAUAAUUGAAAACUUUGAAAAUAUUUAUCUAGGAAUAAUUGUUUUUUUAAAAACAUAAUUUCAUGCAAUUUGAUGGGCAGCUAUGGAAAUAGAACAUUUUUUUGUGACAUGGAUGUUAAUUUUGUAAACCAGACUUUAAUUUGGCUAUUGAUAUGUGCCAUAGUCACCACAUCACAUGAAAGGGCAAAGGUGAAAACUGAACUUUGAAGUGGACAAUCUUGCCUUGGGAAGAUGGUUGCGAAUAUAUUCUGUGACUUCCCCAUGAAAACCAUUGGCUGAGGUGAGCAACAAAAAAGACAUCAUGUCAUCAAUCACUGGAUUGUCUGGUCGAGAUUCGAUUAUUUCCAGAAUGUCCUCAUACAGCUGGAGUAUUGCUAAGUUGGCAUGAAACAACAAAUAUAAUAUGAUGCUUGGAGUGUAACCAGUAACAGUUGUAAGACUUAGAGAGUUAAAAGGGGUUAGGGCCAACUGAUAAGGUUUGUCAGUGGUGGUAUUGAACACCAGGCUGUUACAGACAGACAAUGUCGCUUGUUACCAUGGCUACAUAAUUUACAAAUGUGUAUUUUGUUGUAUGUUUAUGUACAGCCAACUUAUUUUGUUACCCUGGAAGACAGCUCUAAAAACAUACUUUUCAGGUGUCCGAUGUCAUGUUUAGAAUUGAUCAUUUGUAAUAAAAUUGGUGGAAAAGUGCCAUCCCUGGUCUAAAGAAUAGACACUUUGUGGAAUAAGCUACUUCCAAAACGUCCUUGUCCUGACACUGUACACUUGUCCUAUUUGAUGCAGAAAAGUGCAUCCAGUAUCCACAAUGUAUAUAAUGGAUGCAGAAAAAAACCCAUUCAUCCCACAAUAAUAUUCUUGACACGAUAUAAGGUUUGUGUAGUUUAUUAAGUGUUGUUUCAGUACCAUUUCAUUACUUUACAGGAAAUAAAUGUUUCCUGUUAAAGCUCUUGAAAUUAGUAAUGGACCCUACUUUUGUUGAUCAGGUGAAACCCUGGACUGGUACUGUGCCGUCUCAUAACAAAUCUUUUACUCCUGUAACAUGCCUGUGAUAUGAUCUGUUUCUUGUAGAUAAUUUAAAGAGCCACUUCUUAAUGUUACAAAAAAGCAAGUGUCAUUUUUUAAAUUAGAUGUUUCUGGACACCAUCACAUUGAAGAAAGAUUUGUGUAUUGUGUGGCGGGACUGAAUUAAUAUGAAAAUUUCCAAACAAAUGUUUUUUUGUUGUCAUAAUUGAAGCAAACGUCUGAAUGGGCAGCAAGUUGCUGUAGGGUGGACAAGAGACAACCUUCUGUGGAGAGAAUAUCAGAUCUUCACAUAGGUGUAUCAUACUGGAGUGGAAGAUUUUUAAUGAGAUUGUGAACUGUGCAAUCAGUAGAAUCUCUUGAACCUGCAAUUAUUGUUGUUUAUAUGCAAUGAAAUAAAGAUGUAACACACCUGUA